GACGUUAACAAAGGCAGAUUCUGCUUUAAUAAUGAAAUGUCUGUCCUGCGCAGAGCCAUAACAUGGGAGAUUUCUGAAUCAGAGGACAGCGAUCACGACCUGAAAUCAGAACUAAACCCCGAUGAAAUCUGUCAAAAAGAAACAGCAGACAGCAGAGGAGAACCGGAGGCUCUCAGCUUCGAGGAAAAACCCACAAAUCUGCCGUCUUCACCGGCUAAAAGUGACUCCAGAGUCGCUCUAUCUGCUCCGGAGGCAUGCGGCGGCACCCCGGGUCCGGCACGCAAACGCCGCAGCAGGGAGGAGAUUGAGGCGACCAGGCUGAAAGCCAAGGAGCGGAAGGAGGAGAGGGAGCGGCAGAGAGCCGCUAGAGCCCGGGAGAAGGAGGACAGGAAGCGGGAGCAGCAGCGGAGGAGAGACGCGGCGGAGACCCUUAACAGCCUCCGGCCAGAGAACUGCAUCAAGAGCCUGACCGUCUGUAUAGAACCAGCCCUUCUCCAACAUGACGGCUCAGACAUUUUGCUGGACACCCUGGCCAUGUUGGAGUGGAGGUUCACUGUUGAGAGCCAGCGUUUGUCUCGCAGCAUCACCUGGACCAGAGAUCUGCCUCAGCAGGUAGAAGACGGUCAGGCCCGUUUGGAGGAGGAGGAGCAGAUGGUUCUGGUCUUGACUCUUGCUGACUUUGUGGACGUUGUGAUCUCCGUUAAAGAAAUGGUGGACAGCGAUGGGGAGGAGACGGGGACGGUCCUCAGUCCCCUCUUGGAGUGUCUCAACUGGAAUAAGGUGGUCACCAUGUUGGUGACGGACUUUGAGUCGGAUCACUGGAUGAAGGAAUAUUUUCCAGAACAGAUGCUGCGGACUAAACUGGGGAUGAAGGAUCAGGAUGUGGAGGAGGUUCUUGUUUACCUUCAGCUCUAUAAAAACAUCUCUGUGGUUUUCCUGGAGAGCUGGCAGGACAUCACCAACCAUGUGUGCGCCGUCACCAAGGCUUUGUCAAAACGCCCCUUUAAACUCCUGACAGAGCGGACCGAGCUGCCGUUCUGCGUGGUCGGUUCGUGGGCCGGCGGGGCCCGGGUUGGGCGGGACGGUUCGGGUCUGAGGGACGUCUGGGUCCGGCAGAUCCAGCAGCUGAACAGGGUGAGCGCGGCGGUGGCCGCCGCUGUGGCCGAGGCCUUCCCGUCUCCGCGGAUCCUGUUGCAGGCUUACCAGAACUCUGGUUCUGAGGCGGAGAAGAAGGGCAUGCUGGCUGGGCUCUCGGUGAAAACAGAAGGGAAAGAAAGAAGAGUUGGACCGGAUAUUUCAGCCAGAAUGUACCGCAGCCUCACCGCGGAAAACCCUCAGCUGGUUCUGGACUGAUCGGCCCAAUCUGGAAACUAUGGAGAACUUUUUCUGGAAAAGAAAAUCUACCUCUCUGGUUUAAUGUUAAAAUGUGUGACAGAGUAUUAGGGCCAUUGUACAUAGAAAAGAGGAGGAGUAAAUUUCAGGCAAAAAAAUCCAGAAAAUUUCUGAGUUUGAAAAGUUGAAAAUUAAAUUUUGAGAUUGAUCUCAGAAAAGUAAUCUUUAUAUUAAAAAGAUCUUAUCUUAAUCUCAAAAUUUUCUAGAAAUGAAAACUGGGAAAUGUUUGAGUUUUAAAAGUCAAAAAGCUUUUCUAAAAAUUCUUAGAUUAAUCUCAAAAUUUCUGAAUUUUUUUCCUAACAAAUUUUUGACUUUUCUACCAACAAUGGCCUUAAGACACAGUUGUAGAAAUGUAGCACUAAUUAUGUAUGUAAAUAAACAAAUAAGGUCUAUUUUAAUGAAGAAUGAAAAUGAGCUGGUUUUCCAAACAGGCACCUCCAUAUGACUUAAAUUUACAUGGAAAUUAUUUUAAUAAAAGGGGCUAAAACAGAAAUCUUUGGCUUGGAUUUAGACCUUUUUUAAAGUUCACGCUUAAAGAUAAGGAAAAAAAGGUUAAAAAUAUACAAAGAUUUUUAUUUCCUUGAACAUUUUCACCUGUUUUUGUGAUAAACCAACACAAACAAGUAACUAACUCGCAAGUCAACCCUUUUCUACUAAUAAACUGCCUAAAUUAG